AUGGAGUUUCCACUUUUCUGUGUUGUGAUCCUAUGUUUCCACAUGUUUGGUUUUUCAUCAGGAGCAGUAGAUGAGGAUGAUGAAAAUAAGAGAUACUUUGCUUGUUCUAGUGAAGGAUACCACAAGAUGAACAAAAUGUUCAAGUUGUAUCUCACGUCGUCCAAGUUGACGAUCCAGUGUUUUUUCCUAGCUGAUCGUAAGUACACUUCACAGGGAGUUUUAAGUACAUUUACAUCAGGAGGACUGGCUCCCAGUUUGGAAAUCAUAAACAGCACCUAUACUGGCAUCUUCCACUUUAAUUUAACUUUGUUCAGUGAUCAGGUUUUCUGGUCCAUUGAUAUCCCUAGAGAAAACAUCACAAAAAUGAGAGCUAUCACAUCAAUAGAAGAAUGGUUAGUAAGGGUUAGUUUACAUCAUGGAUUAAAUCUUUAUGCUACUGAAGGAACGCUAUUGGAUAUUAUUCGAGAACCGAUUCUUCAGUGGAAACUUGGGGUUGUAAUGAACAGAGAAAGGCUUCUUCAAGUUCUGCCGCACGUGACAGAUGUGAAGGUGACAAAAUGCCCCUGUGCCAAUGAUGUGGCAUUACUUGGCUUUAUUGUGAAUGCAACCUAUAAUGGUAUUUACCUGGGCUUCAGUUUCUCCGGGUUUUGGGAGUAUGGCAACACCACGUGGUACAACUUGACAGAGAGCAUCUACUCCCAGCUUGAGCAAGAUCUCCCCGGGCUUUCGAUAGUGGACAUGGUUUUAACCAAUAAUUUUUUAGUGCUCCUCACCUCUCUGGGUCUUUUCGUAAGUGCGGAUCUGCGCUUCCCAUCAGCUUCUCUCUUAACGUUCUCCAGGGCAGACUUCUGUGGUUUUGAAAGGACUGACUAUAUCAGAGGAAAACUGUGGUAUAAUGAACACUGCUUUGCUAACAGAGAAAUGUAUGAAGUUGAUUAUAUUACUAUCACCUUUGACAGAAACAGGACUCUGAGUGAGGCGAGCGUUUGUUUUUACAGUGAUGAACCAUUCAUUGAUUGGCUUCCUUGCAUACCUCAUUCUAAAAGAACAAGAAGUGUUUCCUCGGAGAUUAUAACCUUUCUCGUUGACUUAGAGCGUAAAAAUGGAGUUUACUUCCUCUCUUCCAAGGUAGGCCUAAAGACCUUUGUCUCUGUGAACACGGUAACAAAUAAUCUGCCAAGCAUGCGGAGAAAAUUCCCGGCUUUCUACUUUCCUUCAUCAUUCUCUGAUCCCAUGGGAUUAGUCUUCCAUCCACGAAGUAAUUUUAUAUAUGCUUACGGUAAUCAGAUCUGGCUUUCAAUAGACGGUGGCAACACUUUUGACAUAAUAGCUGAUUUUCAUGAUGAUGUCAUCAAGAAGACGUUUCACAGUUUUUAUACUGGGGACAUUACUUUUGUUUCCCAGAAGGGGAAGGUUUACUUGACAAAGGCAGGUUUAGUACAAUAUACUGAAAUUGGAGCUAUUCAUGAUAAAAUUUUCACAUUGUACUAUGAUCACUUGGGAUUCAUACAUAAACUGACUCCAUAUAAGUUUGACGCUGAUAAGUCAUUCUCGGCCAUGGGCAGUUCUAAAGCUAUUUUUCAUAAGAGUUUCGAUAUAGGGUUUGAGUCUCCCCUUGCUCUACAGUACAUCUCCUUAAGCCAAGUUAUGUUUUAUGCAUAUGUGCCUCCAAAUGAACCUGCAGCAACGAAACAUACCAAGGAAUUCACCAGGAUGCACUUCGGAAAAGUCCUCUUCCCCAGAUGCCUGUCGCUCAUCCAAGUGGUGAAAUACACUUCAGGUAUUGAUUCCGUAUUUCAAGAUUCGGAUCUACAGAAGACUGUCGUGAUUCCUGGCUAUAGCAGCUUCCUGAUCACAGCGAUUGUAGACAAUAUCACUGCUUUGGCUGUGGCGACAGUGCCUGAAAGAGCUCCCCUCAAUAGCACCAUUACCAGGUGGCUUCUCUUCAACUUUGGGAUAGUUGGCGGACGGCAAUGGACUAUCUAUCCAAGAAAAUGUAAUUAUUGGUAUUACCAGUAUGAAUCUGGUGACCAAUUACCCUCCAAUGUCGAGAGAUACCUUGAUCUUGGGAAGGGUUAUUCUUUUAAAACGAAGAUCGUACCUACUCUAAGAGCUCUUAAAGCAUCUGAAGUACCAUUAAUGCAAAUAUCAGUUGGAAACCCAGCUUUGCUAGACACCACUGUUUUAUUCUUUUUUGAUAAUGCUGAUAGCUAUGAACUAAAUGUGACUAUGUUUACCAGAUUUUUACUUCGGGGUACAAGUACACUCUCCAUUACACUCUUGGAAGCAUCAACCGACUGCUUUACUGCAUCAUUCCUACCCAUCAUUAAAACCAGCUGUAGCUACCUCAGAUUCAUGUAUCAUGUUCCUAGUCAACCUAUCUCAGAAGAAGCCUUGAAUAGUGGAAAUCACACAGAUGAGUUUGGGUUUAAUAUGAUCAAGACAUUGCCGGUAAAUUACAGACCUCCAUCUAAAAUGGGUAUUGCGAUUCCAAUCACGGAUCAUUUUUACCAUGCAGAUCCUAGCCAACCUAUACCAAGGAAUCUCUUCCAACAGUCAAAGAACACUGGCAAAUUCAAACAGUGUGCAGCUGCGGCUUCUCGGAAAGAGUGUAAUUGCACAAAUGAUCAGAAGUUAUCGCACGCUGUUGCCUUCUCAGAUUGCAAAGAAAACGUUCCUCGCUUUAAGUUCCCCGUUCAGCAGUACCCAGUGUCUUUGCAAAUCUUUACAAGAAGUGGAAGUCUGCCUGUGGAGAUUCCCUAUCUGGUCACUGUGACUGAAGUAAACAAGAGGGAAAACUGGGUGCUCAAACAUUCUACACCACCAGAAAUUGCAAAACUGCAAGCUUAUUUAAAAUCGAGUCUCAACGUGCCAGUGUAUAAUCCCGAAGGUCUCAACAUCAGUAUCCGGGGUGCUGAGCUCUUUCACUUCAAGGUAUCUGUUGUUCCAGGGCUCACCUUUUGCAACUUAGUUGAAGAAUUUCAGAUUUACGUGGAUCAGGUGCCAUUGCCAUUCCCAGGACACACCCUCAUCGCCAUCGCAGCAGCCAUACUGCUUGGGGGAUUUGUUUUUGUCGUGUUUAUGUUUCAACUGCAUAACAUUCACCCUUGGGAGAUGUGCCGGAAAAAAUGUAUAGGAGAGGCCAUGAUGUAA